AUGCUUACGUGGCUGAUGAUGGACGUCCUGCAGUUUGUGAAAGGGGACAUGGCACCCGAUCCAGAAGGAAACACCACAAGCUGGUUUAAUGCGAACGAGAGCCUAUAUACCACGGAACUGAACCAUAGAUGGAUGGGCGGUAGCUCCACAAUUCAGCCAGAGGAGCUCCUAUAUGGCACCGAUUUGCCCACCUAUGAACAUUGCAUAGCCACGCGGAAUUCCUUUGCGGACUUGUUCACCGUGGUGCUCUACGGAUUUGUUUGCAUUAUUGGCUUAUUUGGCAACACACUGGUGAUCUACGUGGUGCUGCGCUUUUCCAAAAUGCAAACGGUCACCAAUAUAUAUAUCCUAAAUCUGGCCGUGGCAGAUGAGUGUUUCCUGAUUGGCAUACCCUUUCUGCUUUAUACCAUGCGAAUUUGCAGCUGGCGUUUCGGGGAGUUCAUGUGCAAAGCCUACAUGGUGAGCACUUCCAUCACCUCCUUCACCUCGUCCAUUUUCCUGCUCAUCAUGUCUGCAGAUCGCUAUAUAGCCGUGUGCCACCCGAUUUCCUCGCCCCGAUAUCGCACUCUGCACAUAGCAAAGGUGGUGUCAGCGAUUGCCUGGUCAACUUCGGCGGUCCUCAUGCUGCCCGUGAUCCUGUAUGCCAGCACAGUGGAGCAGGAGGACGGGAUCAACUACUCCUGCAACAUCAUGUGGCCAGAUGCGUACAAGAAGCACUCGGGCACCACCUUCAUACUCUACACAUUCUUCCUGGGAUUCGCCACACCACUGUGCUUCAUCCUGAGCUUUUACUACCUGGUUAUCAGGAAGCUGCGAUCGGUGGGUCCCAAGCCAGGCACCAAGUCCAAGGAGAAGCGGCGGGCUCACAGGAAGGUUACCCGACUGGUUCUGACGGUGAUAAGUGUAUACAUCCUCUGUUGGCUCCCCCACUGGAUUUCUCAGGUGGCCCUGAUUCACUCGAAUCCCGCUCAGAGGGACCUAUCCCGACUGGAAAUACUCAUCUUCUUGCUCUUGGGAGCACUGGUGUACUCGAAUUCGGCGGUGAAUCCCAUACUGUAUGCCUUCCUGAGUGAGAACUUCCGCAAGAGCUUCUUCAAGGCCUUCACCUGUAUGAAUAAGCAGGAUAUCAACGCCCAACUGCAGCUGGAGCCCAGUGUAUUCACAAAACAGGGUAGUAAAAAGCGGGGCGGAUCCAAGCGCCUGCUGUCCAACAAUCCGCAGGUGCCCCCGCUGCUGCCAUUGAAUGCCGGCAACAACAAUUCAUCGACCACCACAUCCUCGACCACGACGGCGGAAAAGACCGGAACCACGGGGACACAGAAGUCCUGCAACUCCAACGGCAAAGUGACAGCUCCGCCGGAGAAUUUGAUUAUAUGUUUGAGCGAGCAGCAGGAGGCAUUUUGCACCACCGCGAGAAGAGGAUCCGGUGCGGUGCAGCAAACAGAUUUGUAA